AUGAUUCUCCUUCGGAUUAUUUUCUCUCUGUUAUCUAUCGUUUUAGUUUCGUCCGAACCACAUUAUAAUGAGAAUGUAGGACACAUUAUCGAAAGCAUUAAUGAUUUUGGUUUCGAUCUGUUAAAGAUUUUCAGCAAAGAUAAGAAACUGAAAGAUGAGAACUUAUUCUACUCUCCGACUAGCAUUUCGCUUUCUAUCGCCAUGGUGUUUUUGGGAAGUAGAGGAAACACUGCGAGACAGAUUGCCCAGGCUUAUAAGUGGUAUAAACACGAGUAUGAAGAUGUACACUUGGCUUUAAAAUCUCUACAGGAGGCAAUUCUAGAAACGGGACAUGACAAUUUGGAGCUAAAGAUCGCGAAUCAAAUCUGGGGACACAAUGAGUUGGAGGAGUCAGCUGAAUUUAAAGAGAAUUCCUUGGAAUUUUAUAAUUCUCCCAUUGCAAAAGUCGACUUCAAAUGGAGUUCAGAGGAGGCGAGAAAGGAGAUUAACAACUGGGUUGAAAAGAAUACCGCCGGGAAAAUAAAGAGCUUUCUUCCACCCGGAAGUGUUAAUCAAGAUACGCGAUUGGCGUUAAUUAAUGCAAUUUAUUUUAAGGGAACGUGGCAGCAUGCUUUUUUACAGGAGAGAACUUAUCAUGCUCCGUUUUACACAUCCAGUGACCUCAAAAAUAUUUUUGAAGUUGAAAUGAUGUCACGCACUGCGAAACACAGCUACUUCAUGGAUGAAGAAAAACAAUGUAAAAUUUUGGAGCUUCCUUACAGUGGUGGAGAAAUUGCCAUGUUUAUUGUUCUUCCUCAUGAGAUCAAUGGAGUGUCCGAGCUUGAAAAGAUGUUAACAACUGACAUAAUGUUUCACUGGGUCAACUCAGUUGAAAACACAACAGUUGAGAUGUCUCUUCCUAAGUUCAUUCUGAGUCAGCACUUUGAGUUGAAGGAAGUACUGUAUAAACUUGGUGUUACAGACAUCUUUGAGCCUGAUUUAUCAGACUUGUCCGGGCUAAGUUCAGUGGAAAGGCUGCAUGUGUCCCAUGUAAUACACAAGGCCCAUGUGCAUGUGAAUGAACAAGGAACAGAAGCUGCCGCAGCAUCUGGGGUACUUAUUCAGAAGAGAUCCAUAGACCCUCAUCCAGAGUUCUAUGCCAAUCAUCCAUUUUUGUUCUUUAUAUACCACAAGAGUUCACAUGUUAUUUUGUUUAUUGGUCGUGUCAGUAGACCUCAGAUGACUGAACAGGAAAGUGCUGAGACUGGUGGUGAUGCUGAAAUACCUGAUUUUGGUCAUCCUAUUGAUGAGCUAUAA